UAUACGCGCCGAUCUGUGUGAGAAUAACCUCACCCCGGUUUGUGCAUUUGAAACCGGAUACCCGUCCUUAUUUGCAUAUGGUUUCCGUCAAUACACGGUUUGACCACUCACUCAACCUAAGAGUUGUGUCUCUUCGGUGACACUAGUCAUUUUGUAGAUGGACUCUUAUCAGGUGAAUUUGUGAUCAUAUUAAAGUGCUUGAUUUUAGUCUACAGUCUGCUGCAACACAGCGAAUUUUUAAAGUACCUCUCACCAUUUUUAUUGAUUUUAUCAACUUAGUGGAGCUUUCAGUCAUUGAGUUUUUGCGAAUAUUGAAGAUGGAGAACACAUCGUCUGAUACGCUUUUCACGACUCAAUCAACUCCUCAAACCGAAUACCCGGAAAUUGUCGGUUUUAAUGCGAGCGAUAAGAUCGGAGUCGCCAUCUACUGCAUCAUCGGGUUGUGUGGAUUUAUCGGCAACCUAUUGGCAUGUAUCGUGUUCUGGUCGCUGCGAUCGAACAGGAACCAGGUUAGUUUGCUUAUCUUCACCCAGGCACUGGCUGAUCUUGUAACCAGUGUCCUCCUGAUAUCAUUCGCGAUAACUCGAGUUUAUAGACACUUAAUGCCGACAGAGGGCGCCACAGGGGAGUGGCUGUGUCGAUUCUGGUGGUCUCGUUUCGUGUUGUUCUAUUUCUUCGCCAUCUCCACCUUUAACUUGACGCUGAUUUCCUUGGAGCGUUACGUAGCCGUGGUGCACCCGCUUACGUACUCCAAGCGAUUCACGAGCCGCAACACUAAGGUCUUCGUGGGGGUAAUUUGGCUCUUCUGCCCGGUCAUGCAGUACGGGCAGUCGCUCUGGGGUUACUCGGCAGCGAGUGGUACGUGCCAAACAGUUCCAUCUUGGGAUGCCUACGGCCAGGCUAUAUUCGGAGUCCUCCUGUUUCUUUGGGAGUUGGUGACUCCAAUCUGCACUAUGGGGAUUUGUUACCUAUUCAUCGUUAAGACUUUACGCGAGAAGGAACGGGCAGUUAGAAGAUCGAAAUCGGUGACGGUGAAACCCGAAGGGAGGUUCGGGUCCGUCGUGAAACCGACGAGACAGAACUCUCGAAAGGGAAUAACGAUGACUCUGCUGAUUCUGUUCAUCAUCUACGUCAUAUGUUGGACCCCGAAUCAAACCACGUUCGUCCAGUUUAAUCUCGGAGGUCCUCUAGACUUCAACGGAGGUUGGUACCUCUUCACAGUCAUCCUGGCGUUCCUGAAUUGCUGCGUCAACCCUUUCGUCUACGCGUUCCGGUUGCGGCAGUUCCGGGUGCGGGUCAAAGGCAUACUUCAGUGCCGGAGGAAAGGGAUCGCGCGUGGUGGAGAGUCAGAUGAUGAGUUCUUCCGGGAUCCGGCUUCGAACAGUAGUAAGUGGAGUGCCAGGAAGGAGAAACUGGGGAAGAUGUUCGGAAUGAAACUUUCCGAUAGGCAGGGAAGUAGCGUGACUCCAAGCACUCCUCAUACAUCACCACAAGGCACACCCCAUGCCACACCCCAUGCCACACCCCAUGGCACGCCCCAUGUGUCGCCGCGUGCCACGCCCGUGCUGGUCAAGAAAAACUAAGAAACUGCCAGGAAUGGCAAAAAUAGUGUCCACUGAUACGCAAGGAGUAACUUGGCUGAACUGCUUAAUGAUAAUAAUUAUAAUACUAGGCUUAAGUUUUGUAGAAACAAACAAAAAGGUGUUUGGCUUCCGGGAGUAAGCUUGCUUUGUAAUAAGAGGUCGACAUUGCAAAAACAACGUGAUGACGUCACCAUGACGUCACUAUGAGUCUAUGCAAAACAAAAUUAGUGACUUCUUAUUUUGGCACUCAUAUCGGUCACCCAGUGACGCUCACAAGGCGUUUCAACAUUCAGUAUUUUCCUGCAAGGCACGUGGGACUAUACGUUUGAAU